AUGUUUUCUUCAAAAACAUCAGGCUACAAUUUUAAAUCCACCGAAGAAAUUGAGUUCCAUCUGGAACCUACAGCUGCAGGUCCAUCUACAGUAUGGGCACGAUCGAUCGCCAGGCGUCUUGGGUGUUACGUGGCACUGGGCUAUCCCGAAUACUGCGCACAUUCUCCAUCGUCCCCUCAAGGUUCCAUGUCUCGUUAUAAUUCAGCCGUCCUGGUAUCACCACAAGGAAACGUGCUCGUAAAUUACAGAAAACACUUUCUGUACACCACGGAUGAAACCUGGGCGGAAGAAGGGAAGGAAGGCAUGGACCUCAACCCCCGGCGAUUUGAAACGCCAUUCGAGAAUUACGAAUUCGCGCACCAUGUACUUGAUAGUAAAGCAGAUUUGGUACUUAUGCCCAUGGCUUGGCUCACCUCGCAACCGCAGUCAUCUUUAGUAGAUCAAGCCCAGGUUCCUGAUGCCGACACCCUUGCAUAUUGGAUUCAGCGCUUGCAACCGGUCCUCGACAAAGGCCCUCAGGGACGAUCGGAGGAAACUAUAUUUUGGUGGGAGUCAGUAAGGGAAACAUCAAGGUCUAUGGUUGUCUGGGUCGAGGAACGGAAGACCUGCUUGUCUGCGAGGUUCCAGGGCCCGGAAAGAACUCACGGCGAAGAUAGACAGGAUAUUGAGUACGGAAAUACGGAUAGUGGUAGCACGCCGUUAGAUUUGUGGUACGAAGGAGACAUGCCGCAUGCAUUCGGACAAAUGGGAGAGAGAAGGGAGGGAUGA